AUGCUCCGAUGGUCCACUACAUUACGAAUUUUCCCGCGAACGCAAAAGCGAAGUUUCACAAGCGGAAGGAAAAAGGAAAUUAUAGUACUCCAUCCGAUAUUAAAGAGAACGAAAAAUGGAAGCAAGUCCUUUGACGAAAUAAUCUAUGACGCACAGGAAGCCUUAGGCUUAGCUCGUUCGGCUGGUUUCAAAGUCGCAAAUGGAAUUUCCAUGCCGUUGGGGGGGUGGAAAUUUUUUAAACACUCAAGUGGGUCUAAAGGGGAAGGGGACGAUUUAGCUAAUAACUAUCGUGAGGAAAACAUAUUCAGAGAUUUACGCCAGUUAAACGAAGGGAUACCCUGCGAGGGUGAUGCGAAUAAGGUGGAAACGUGCCCCACAAAUGAAGAUACAGGGACAGACGCACUGGUAGACACACCUGUAGAUGAUGUCACCUCCGAGGAAAUGUCUCCGCAGGGAGAUGACCUAGAAAAAAAAAUUGCAGAGUCGAUUAUAAUAAAAACGAAUAGAAUAGAUAACAAGUUCUACUUUGGCAAAGGGAAAUUGAAUGAAUUGUCCAUCUAUUUUCUAAAACACCCAACGCCGUAUGUGUUUAUUAACACGGUACUUUCGCCUGAACAAUUCAGAAAUUUGGACAUGCUGUUUAACAGUCUUCUGCGGAGCUACCAUGAUGAGUUGAAAUUGCGUAGGGAGGCGCAGAGGGGAGAGGACUGUCUCUCAGUGAGGGCAUCAGAAAUAAAUGCGGAGGAUGAUGGCAGCGCGGAAGACAGGAAUGGGGAGGAGCUCACGUACAUCGAGAUGUAUAACAAAUGGAUGGAGAGGCAGGCGGAGCGGGAGGACCAGGAAGAUGGAAACUUCAGCGAUGGAGAAGAAGAGGGUGUUUUUCUCCACGAUGAUGUAGAAGACGGCGACGUUCCUCUCUAUGUUGAGCUCUUUGACCGGUACAGCAUCAUCCUACAGAUACUGAAGAGCAGGGCGAAAAACAACCUGAGCAAACUGCAACUGGAACUAGCCAGGGCCAACUUCAUUUUCAACACCUACGCAGAGGAUAACAAGUCAAGAAUGAAGUAUAUAAAAUAUAUCGAAAAUAAUGUACUGGGGAAAUCAAAUUUUGAUUACGAAGAAAAGUACAGCCGACAAAACACUUUUGAUGUGGAUAAACAGAUCGGAAAAAAAAAAAAUUACGACAACCUAGGAUACACGAGCAGCUACAUAAAGAGUUCAGAGACGUACAAAGAGUAUGAAAAAAGAAUUAUUCAAAGUUUGUAUGCAAAGCUGAAGAAGGAAUUAGAAAAAUGCAAAAAUAAUAAUGCUCUACAGAGUAGUGCUAGAAAGCACAAAGCGUUAAUAGCCGUGGUAGGAUAUACAAAUGUUGGAAAAACCAAAUUAAUAAAUUAUUUAACCAAUUCUAACUUGAAGGCAAGGAAUUUAUUAUUUCAAACAUUGGAUAAUGCUUAUAAAAGUGUAAAAAUUUCUGAUGGUCACUCAAGCAUAUUUAUCGAUUCAAUUGGAUUUAUCCAAAAUAUCCCCUUCUCUUUGUAUGAGUCAUUUAAGGUAACCUUGGAGGCAAUUAAAAAUGCAGACGUUUUCAUUCACGUAGUCGAUGUGUGCCACCCGUACAGAGAGCAACAUAAAAAUUGCGUCAUUGAUACCUUACAGAAAAUAGGCAUACCCAGCGAUUUUCUAAAAUACAAUAUGAUUGAAGUAUGGAAUAAAGUGGAUAAAUUGCCAGACGAUGAAAUACUCAAUUUAUAUAAAACUAAGCCAAAGAAUGUGCUACCCAUUUCGGCCAAAGUUGGCACAAAUUGUGAUGUACUCAUUAAAAUUAUUCAAACGAUGAUUAACAGAAUUAAGGAUGUGCAAGUGUUGACUCUCCAGUUUUCGGCGUUGGAAGCUAAAGAGAGAAUACCAUACCUUGUGAAAAAUUUCAAAGUCGUCCCCAACUCGAUUUCGUACUCCAGCGACGGGAGUACAACCUUCAUCAAGUUGGUGGAAAAUCCCCGUAACUUGAGGAAGUACUAUGAGCGUUUCGACAAGGGUGAGGAGGGAACCUCUGGAGGGGGCACCACGUAA